AUAUAAAUAUUUACAAAAACUUGAAGAAUUAUUCAAUCAUAGAAAGUGUUGUUUCUUGUAUUGAGUGUGUCCUUUUUCUUUCUUCCUCCUCUCUAUUCUCAUACAAUCAACACCUUCUUCAAUUAACCAAAGAUAAAAAAGAACAAAGAAAAAAACAAGAAUAUAUAUUUUCAAUGUGGUAAUUCUCAUUGCCAAGUAUUUGCAAAGAUAUCAUGGAGGCUAGAAGAUCAAUAGAAGAUGCAUGCAAAAGAAGAUUACAAAAAAUAAAAGUGAAGGAUGUUGGAGGUAUAAAGCCUCUCCAAAACCCUUUUCAAGAGAAGAACACAAAUUGCAAGUUUCAUCCUCUAAAGCUUGUGCUAUUUAUCAUUGUGAUUGGUACUUUCUACAUGAUUCUAUCUUCCCCUUCUGUUUGUCAACAUAAUAAUGCUGACACUGUUUCAAGGCAACAUUUUGUGAACAGGUGGAUAUGGGGUGCUUCUGAUCCUAGAUACAUAUCAGAUAUAGACAUUAGCUGGGAAGAAGUAUCACAAGUUUUGGAACAAUUGCCUAAUCAAAACAAAGUUGUUGACAACAUUGGCCUUCUUAAUUUCAACAAAGAUGAAAUCAGUGAAUGGACACAAGUUGUUCCUAAUGUUAAUCAAACAGUACUUCAUCUUAAUUACGUCGAAAAAAAUGUGACUUGGGACACCUUGUAUCCUGAAUGGAUUGAUGAAGAACAAGAAAAUGAAGUUCCAAGUUGUCCUACUUUCCCAAAACUUGAAGUCCCUAGGACACGAUUCGAUCUCAUAGCUGUCAAGUUACCGUGUAGGAAUGAAGGGAAUUGGUCUAGAGAUGUUGCGCGAUUGCACUUACAACUUGCUGCUGCUGGUUUAGCUUCAUCUGCUAAGGGUAUACAUCCUGUGCAUUUGCUUUUCAUAACCAAAUGUUUCCCUAUACCGAAUCUUUAUAGGUGCAACGAGCUCGUUGCUAGAAAAGGUAACGCGUGGUUGUACAAGCCAGACUUGAGUGUACUAAGAGAAAAAGUUCAACUUCCUGUUGGAUCAUGUGAACUUGCAUUACCCUUUGGUACAACAGAGGAAGUACAUUCGGGGAACAAAAGACGCGAGGCAUAUGCAACAAUCUUGCAUUCAGCUCAUGUAUAUGUAUGUGGAGCUAUAGCAGCAGCACAAAGUAUUAGAAUGUCAGGGUCUACGAGAGACCUCGUGAUUCUUGUUGAUGAAUCGAUUGGUGAGUAUCAUCGGAGUGGACUCGAGGCAGCAGGGUGGCAAGUUAGGACUAUACAGAGAAUAAGAAAUCCUAAAGCAGAGAAAGAUGCCUACAAUGAGUGGAACUAUAGUAAAUUUAGACUAUGGCAGUUGACAGAUUAUGAUAAAAUCAUUUUCAUUGAUGCUGAUCUGCUUAUACUUAGAAACAUCGACAUCUUAUUUAGGAUGCCACAGAUUUCAGCCACGGGGAACAAUGGGACGUUGUUUAACUCUGGUGUGAUGGUGAUCGAGCCAUCAAAUUGCACGUUCCAGCUAUUGAUGGAUCAUAUAAAUGAGAUUGAGUCUUAUAACGGAGGUGAUCAAGGGUACCUAAACGAGAUAUUCACGUGGUGGCAUCGUAUACCAAAGCAUAUGAACUUCUUAAAGAACUUUUGGAUUGGUGAUGAUGAAGUAGUGAAAGCAAAGAAAACAAACCUUUUCGGGGCUGACCCUCCUAUACUUUAUGUACUUCACUACUUAGGAUACAAACCAUGGUUGUGUUUUCGCGACUAUGAUUGUAAUUGGAAUGUAGACAUAUUACAAGAAUUCGCGAGUGAUGUUGCACAUCACAAGUGGUGGAAAGUGCACGAUGCAAUGCCCGAGCAACUACAAGACUUUUGCUUGUUACGAUCAAAGCAAAAGGCGCAAUUGGAAUGGGAUAGAAGGGAAGCAGAGAAGGCUAAGUAUGUUGAUGGACAUUGGAAGAUGAAGAUCAACGAUCGACGACUUAAGAGAUGCACAGACAGGUUAUGCAAUUGGAAAGGUAUGUUGAAGCAUUGGGGUGAAAAGAAUUGGACAGAUGAUCCAUUUUUUCACCCUUCACCACCAACCAUAAAGACUAAGAAAACCAAGAAAACAUCAUCCAUUUCUGUUAUAUAAACAAACAUUUUGUUUCUUUACACUUUUGUUAUGUAUGUUUACCUCUUCUACAUUGAUUAAAUUUAAGUAUGUUGAGCAA